AUGUCGCAACCUGAGAGAACCAUCGAACAGUGGCAGGCCGACUUUGUGCAUGUGAUCGAGAAACUGCGCUGCUACGGAGAUCACUGCCCCUUUCCCGCAUGUUGCAAGACACCAGAGACACAGUCUUUGCAGCCAAUGGCCCUUCGCGUUCCCGAAGUCAACUGGCGCGACGCGGAUGUUGCUAGUCGAUUACACCGGGCAUGUGUCACGCUGAGAAUGCCUCCUCGCGCCGAGGAAUUCGCAGAAUACCUAUUCCGGCAAUUUUUCAUGCCCAUCUCCUGGCCACGCACGUUUGGCGUCUCGCCUAACCCCGGCAUUGCGGCUUCCAUCAGGCUCUCAUGUUCCGAAUACAAGCUUCCAAUCACCGAGGACAAGAUUUGCACGGUUUUCCGCAGCGUCAACAUGGAGCGUCUCGAGAUUGCACUCGACCAGAUAGAAAGAGAUUAUGUCAAACUCAGAAAUCGAUAUUUCAAGGGCAAACUUCGUGCGAGAGGAGAAGCGAGAGGCGCCGUGUAUGAUCACGCUGCGCGGCGAAGGCGCAGACUAUGUGGCAGAGAUGUGACGAGAGAGCUGAGGGCGCAGAUCUACCUCAUGUCUGAAGGGAUGUGA